GCCAUGGCGAAGAGCCUGAGGAGCAAAUGGAGGAGGAAGAUGCGGGCGGAGAAGAGGAAGAAGAACGCGCCCAAGGAGCUGGAGAGGCUGAAAAAAAUCCUGGGAAGCAACGCGGACGUCGUCAUGGAGGAGGUCAAGGAGGUGGCGACCGUGGUGGCCCCCAAGAAAGUCCUCGAGGCGGCGGAUGACUGCAAAAUGGACAUAGAUAAUAAACGAAACAAAAAAACUCUUCUUGACCAGCAUGGACAGUACCCAAUAUGGAUGAAUUCCAGGCAGAGAAAGAAGCUUAAGGCACAGCGUGUUAAAGGGAAAAAAAAGUCAAAAUUGGCCAAAGGCCUAGUCUGGUAAAAUCAGAGUUUUGUAAGAUCAUGAAUAUUUUACCCGCAAAAUAAAUAUCCCAAAUAAGUACAUGAUAUU